GACACAGAGAGACAGAUAGACACAGAUAGACAGAUAGACACAGAUAGACAGAGAGAGACAGACAGAGAGAGAUGGCCACGACUGUGCAGCUGGGCCGAGCCCUGCAGCAAGCGGCGCGCUGGGGACUGCUGCGGGGCGCAGUGCGGGCGGUGCCGGGUGCCGGGCAACAGCGAGCCGGUGCCCUGGUGGCCCCGUGGUGGCAGCGCGGCCUGGUGACUGCAGGCCGCCCCUUGCUGGCAACGCACGCCGACGAGGUCAGCAGUCGCCCUCAGGCCCGGCCGGACGUCGGCAACGCGCGGCCAGGGGCACAACUCGACGACAUCAACGAUGGAUUUCGGGCCAAGAUCGACGACAUCGAGGAGCUGGUGGGGAAGCCCGCCUGGGCCAGGGAGUCGGCGCCGGGGUCGGCGUCGCCGCCCCUGGAGGGGCCCGAGGGGGUCGUGUCGGUGCCGUACGAGGAACUGAAGGCGUUGCUGGCGGCCGCUGCCGUGUGGCUCGUGGACGUGCGCGAGCCCUCGGAGCUCAAGGAGAACGGCGCCAUCGAGGGCUGCGUCAAUGUCCCACUGGGGGAGCUGGGGGAGGCUCUGCAACUGUCCCCGCGUGAGUUCCGCGCGCGCUACGGAUCGGAUCUCGUGGGCCCGAGCGCCCCCAACACCGUCUUCCUGUGCCGCGCGGGGAGGCGCAGCAAGGAGGCUCUGCUCAUUGCGCAGAAGCUGGGAUACACCAGGGCUCGGCAUUAUGGGGGAGGCUGGCUCGACUGGGAGAGGAGGGAACAGCAGGCGUGAUGGCCAUCCUCCCGAGCAAGCCACGAACUCCCAGGACCCACGGCACAGCCGCCAACGCCACCGCCGCCGUCUUCACGCGAUCCAUUCUGGCCACGAGGGCCGAAUACUCUCCCGUGACACUGGCCCAUAUCCUUUCACAAUAACAGCUGGCUCCUAUCCUUGAACCAAUACCGUUUGUGUGGCUCGCUCAACUUAAAAUGAUACGUGAGGCUUUUUCCUAGUCCUAAGUCAAAGUCUGUUUUUUUAACCACGGUUCAAAUAAUCCUAAAACCUCAAAUUAACCCUAACCAUGCCCUUGACUCUGGCUGCAGUAGUUAGCCGCGCAGGGCUAACAGCAUGCCUCACUGCAGUUGCCACCACAACUGCAGUGAGGCAGUGUGGCGAAAUAAACGAUGGUCGGGUGUGGUGUGCGAGGUGGAAACAGUGCGUACUUAUCCUGCUCACAGCCAAUCGGUGGUCCUACUCCGGGGCCAGAACCACCCUAUUCACGGUUAUUCAUUUACACCGCCUUUGUUGCGGCUAAUUCGCCCCAAGUUCAAUCAUCCCCAAGUCGAAUACCGCAGAACGAGUGGCUGUUUUCCCCCUUCCAGCACCAGCCCAGGGCAGACGGGCAUUGCAUUUUGCUUUAGUUCCACAUCGCAGAAAUAACGGCCGAUUCCCAGAUUCUCCAGCACACCCUGUGGCUGCGAUGUUCCUCAUUGGUCCACCACUUGCUCGGGAUUUGACCCGGAGAGGUGGCAACCAAACUAACACGAAGAGGUUGGGAUCGGCAUCUGUGUUCGGGUGGCAGGAUUUCCUUCGUAACCGAGGUCUGCUACCAGUAUUGAUUUGAACUUUCGAAUAACAAAAAACAAAUACUGCACAGUUUCCAUGAACCCAAGUGUUAACUGGAGAAACAUUACCAGGUGUGGUCUACAGGGCGGUCCAGGUCCAGAUGUCUUGCGACCCCCCCCCCCAAUGAAUUAACCCCGACAUUUGAUUUUUCCUUUGCAUAUUUAUUUCUAAACUUUUUGGUUCUU